AAAACCAAUUAAAAAAAGAAGUCAAUAUUUCAACUUAAAAUUGAAAGACACCACCUGUUAUUUUUUAUCAUGUAUGAAGGAUUGAUGGAGCAAGCAAAGGCAAUGGAGGAGUCUCGCUCAUCAGAUGAUUUCGUUGCAGAUGGAUCACUUGAUCUACGUGGCCACCCAGUUAUCAGGGGUCGAACUGGAACAUGGAGGGCAUCCUUUUUCAUAAUUGGGGUGGAGAUUGCAGAGAGGUUUGCUUAUGCUGGCAUACUGUCAAAUUUGGUGACUUAUCUCACAACUGUUCUGCAUGAAAGUACUGCUGCUGCUGCAAGCAAUGUGAACAUAUGGUCAGGGGUGGCAUCCAUGUUGCCUUUUUUGGGAGCUUUUAUUGCAGAUUCAUAUUUGGGUCGGUACUGGACGAUCCUUGUUGCUUCACUCGUCUAUUUGCUUGGUUUAAUCCUGGUGACUCUGUCAGCCUCUCUCAAGAGUCUCAAAGCAUCACAAUCCAGAAUUGGUUUUUUUUUCUUCUCACUUUAUUUGGUUGCACUGGGGCAAGGGGGUCACAAGCCAUGCCUACAGGCCUUUGGUGCAGACCAAUUUGAUGAUGAGGACCCAAAAGAGAAGAAGCACAAAAGUUCAUUCUUUAACUGGUGGUAUUUUGGUAUUUGCUUGGGAACUCUUGCAGGAGUAACUGUGCUUAUGUACAUCCAAGAUAAUGUCGGAUGGGGUGUGGGAUUUGGCAUUCCUGCGAUUACCAUGGCAAUGACACUUAUUGUGUUCUUGUGUGGGACUAGGUUUUACCGAAACAAACUGCCUAGUGGAAGCCCUCUCACUCGAAUCAUCCAUGUGUUUGUUGCAGCAUUCUUGAAACGGAAAAGUCCCAUUCCUAGCCGAGAACCAAAUCAAUCAAUUUUUAUUCAAGAGGAAGAGGUUCUGAAGGCAGGGUCAAGAAGACAACUCUUGCAAACAAAUCACUUUAGGUUUCUUGACAAAGCAACAGUUGAAGAUGAUUUAGAUUUUGAGGGCAAGGCAAAACGCAAUUGGAGACUUUGCACAGUCCAACAGGUUGAAGAGGUGAAACUUCUCCUAGGCAUGUCACCUAUUUGGAUGGGAUGCUUGAUGUUUGGUGUUGUGUUUGCACAGUCCUCAACUUUUUUCACAAAACAGGGCAAUACAAUGGAUAGAAAGUUGGGGCGAAAUUUUAAGAUCCCUCCUGCAAGUCUGCAAGCUUUUAUUGACAUAUCUAUUCUUCUACUGGUCCCUGUAUAUGACCGCUUCUUUGUUCCCAUUGCAAGAAGGCUAAUAACAGGGAAUGAGAGAGGUAUAACACUGCUCCAAAGGAUAGGCACCGGUAUGUUUGUUUCUGCAAUUUCAAUGAUUGUCGCUGCAGUGAUAGAAAUUAAAAGGCUCAAGGUAGCGAAGGAUAAUGGACUGGUAGACGUGCCCUCUGCAACAAUCCCAGUGAGCAUUUUUUGGCUACUUCCACAAUAUAUACUUUUUGGCACAGCUGAUGUGUUUACAAUGGUAGGAAUGCAAGAGUUCUUUUAUGAUCAGAUGCCAGACACAAUGAAAAGCUUGGGUAUUGCUGUCUAUUUGAGUGUUUUAGGAGUUGGUAGUUUCUUGAGUAGUAUCCUAAUUUCAAUCAUUGAGAAGGUUACUUGCAGAAAGGAUCAAUGCUGGUUUGCAAAUAAUGUGAACAAAGCUCAUUUAGAUUACUUUUAUUGGCUUCUAGCCUCUUUGAGUGUACUCAACCUGGGCAUGUUCAUCGCCUUAGCCAGCUGCUACAAGUACAAAAAUGCUGCAUGUCCUGACACAGAAAAAACUUGCUCAGAAAAGAGACUUCUUGCUAAUGAAUUAUGACUGGGUGCCAAUCCCUUAUCAUUUGUAAGUUAUUAAUCCACAUGUGAAAGAGAAUUCGUGUAUGGUAAUAACUUUAUGUUUUACCUAUCUGAGUGCCAUUAGUCCCAGCUUUAUCUCUGUUUCACUACUGUAAUUUGUUAUUAAGUAUCCAGUUAUGUGGUCUAGUCAUUGAGGUACUUUCCACAAUGAUGAACCAGGUUAAAAAUCCAACAAAUGCACCCUCUGUAAGUAGCCAUGUAAGCGGAGGGAGUGAAACUCUCACAUUACAAACACAUAUUUCAUCCAGAAAAGACAUAUAUGUACCUUGCUUCAAUCAACUUUUAUUUAACUAAAAAUUUAAUUUUUGAAUCUUAA